AUGGUACUCCGCUUUGGGCGUAAAGGAAAGUUGACUCCAUGCUUCAUAGGACCUUAUGAGGUACUUGAGAGAGCUGGACCAGUGGCUUAUAGGCUAGCCUUACCACCAGAGUUGGAGCGCAUCCAUAAUGUGUUCCAUGUAUUUAUACUCAGGAGUUAUCACUCUGAUCAUUCUCACGUCAUACCCUUAGAGCAUAUUGAGGCCAACCUAGAUAUGACCUAUACAAAGAAACCAGACAGAAUCUUAGUAAGCAAAGUGAAAGAGCUAAGGAACAACAGAAUCCCCUUAGUUAAGGUUCUAUGGAGGAAUCAUGGAGUCGAAGAGGAAACUUAG